GGCAGUGUAAAUGCGGGGGUGGGGCUGGUCCCUUGCAGGAUUGUGUGAAGAAGAUCAGAAAGAUGGUGUUCUAUUUCGUGUGUGCAGUGGUUGAGCCUCCUAUGACCAUUUACAUGGGUCUGGACAAAUAUGAAAAUGAGGAGUUGUUGAAAUGGGGAUUCCCAGAAGAUGUAUGGUUUCAUGUCGACAAGCUGUCCUCAGCACAUGUGUACUUACGACUACCAAUGGGUAUGACAGUGGAGGCUAUACCUCCAGAGGUGGUAUCGGACUGUGCACAGCUGGUCAAAGCUAACAGUAUUCAAGGAUGCAAGAUAAACAAUGUGUCAGUGGUCUACACUCCGUUCAGUAACCUCAAGAAAACAGCAGGAAUGGAUGUUGGGCAAGUAGGCUUCCACAACUCGAGAAAGGUACACACAGUGAUGGUUGAGAAGAAGUUAGGAGACGUGGUGAACAGACUGAACAAGACCAAGCGCGAAGCUCAUCCUGACCUGAGGGCUGAGCGGGAGGAGAGAGACAGACAAGAGAGGAUAGAACAGAAGAGCGCUAAGGAGGAAGAGAGACAACGUAAGAGAGAAGAAGAGGAUAGAUUGAUGAGAGAGGCCGAAGUGAAGAGCUAUAAGUCAGUAAUGACUGAUGACCAAAUGAAAACUAACAAGUAUGACGAAGAAGUGGACUUCAGAGCAGUAGAAGACGACUUUAUGUGAAGUAAAAUCAGUCACAGUAGCAAAAUUCAAAAAACUCUUUAUAUGAACCAUAAUUAUGUCAACAUUACAAUAAAAUUAUAUUACAUUUGUAUAAAUGGCAGGAGUCAGUUUUAACUACAUGUAUAAUAAUUUUUCUGUCA